UAAGAAGAUAAAUUGUAGAAAUAGGCGGAGUUUAUGACAUUGUGGCUGUGUUAACUAGUGAAACCAAAACGUAAUUUGUGGUGGCUGAAGUAAAAGGAAUGUAAAUGUCGGAGGACCAGGAAGCCCAGGAGGAUGAGUUGCUUGCUCUAGCGAGUAUUUACGAUGAAGAGGAGUUUCACAGAGCCAAAUCUGCACAGGGCGGUGAGAUACAACUAUGCCUUGAACUUCCUCCUAGUUUCAAGUUGAUAGUCGAUGGAAACAAGCAGACCGAAUAUGACAUAUCUUUCCUACCUCCUCUGGUGCUUAACUUUGAACUUCCUGCUGACUACCCUUCUUCCUCAUCUCCGGUCUAUACACUAAGUUCCAAAUGGCUGUCAAGGGACCAGAUGACUUCUCUAUGCAAGCGCCUGGAUGGGCUGUGGGAGGAGAACCAGGGCUGUGUUGUUCUCUUCACAUGGAUCCAGUUCCUUAAGGAGGAGGCCUUUGCCUUCCUCGACGUCAAGUCUCCCCUGGAGGUGGUCAAGGGGGGCAACGCUCCAGUGGAAUGGAAGAGGAGCGAGGCUGGUGUGAAGCGGGCGGGGAGUCUAACCGGGGAGAAUGAUAAACUGGAGCCCCUGCUGGAGCUGGACCCCCGUGCUGUCCUGGUGGUUGACCCCCGUACUGAUAUCCUACCUCAGCUCCUGGACUUUGAUGAAGCUCAGCGGCAGAAGGUGUUUGACGCCAAGGCGUUCUGCUGUGGUAUCUGCUUCAUGGAGAAGCUGGGCUCGGGCUGCCUGUGCUUUAAGGAAUGCCAGCAUGUGUACUGCAAGACCUGCAUGACGGAAUACUUCCAGAUUCAGAUCCGUGACGGCAACGUUCAGUGCCUUAACUGCCCCGAGCCCAAGUGCACCUCCUUGGCUACACCCUCACAGGUCAAGCUCCUUGUCGGGGAGGAGUUGUUUGCGCGUUAUGACCGCCUUCUGCUUCAGUCCAGCCUGGAUCUGAUGGCUGACGUGGUGUACUGCCCUCGCCAGUCCUGCUGCCAGGCUGUGAUGGUGGAGCCAGACACCACCAUGGGCAUUUGCCCUGCCUGCCAGUACGCCUUCUGCACCCUCUGCAAACGGGGAUACCACGGCCUGUCCCACUGCAAGGUCACAGCAGAUGAGCUGCGAGGCCUGCGGGAUGAGUAUAUAUCUGCCAGUGCUGAGGGGAAGAAGUUCAUGGAGCAGCGCUUUGGGAAGCGGGUCAUCCAGCGUGCUGUGGAGGAAUCCUUCAGCAGGGAUUGGCUUAAUGAGAACUGUAAAGGCUGCCCUCGCUGUGGCACUAAUAUACAGAAGGUUGAUGGCUGCAACAAGAUGACUUGCACCUCGUGUAAGCAGUACUUCUGCUGGCUGUGUCUGGGCCAGCUCACACGUGUCAACCCCUACAGCCACUUCAACAACCCCUCCUCGCCUUGCUUCAACCAGCUGUUCCAGGGUGUGGAUAUUGAGGAAGAUGAUGCCUUUUGGAGUGAUGAAGAGGACUGAUGUGCAAUACCUCCCAUGCGUGCUUCAUUUGUAUGCACUUUAACCGCCCAUGGAUUUAGCCAAUACAAUUUCUCACCAUCAUUGAUCAGGCACUUACUUACCCAAAAUAUAUCAGUCAUUUCUGAUAGUUGAAUGGCUAGCGGAGAGCAAUUCCAGUUAGAAGUAGGCACAUUACCUUACUCCAAACAGCAGUCAAAUACUCAGGGCCAGUAUUUUUCUGAAAGAAUACUCGUGAAGAGAGUGUGAGCGAGUGUACCAAAAACAAAUGGGUUAUAGUGUGUUUAGAUGAUUUGAACAGAUAACGUUGGUAUGUUUUAUCAAUCUCAAUAUGAAAAGGAAAUUCAGGGAUCCGGGGUUGAAAUCUUUCGAUCAAGAACAGAGGACAACAUUUUGGGAUAAUGUUUGUACAAUUUAAUGUCUGUCCUUUAGAACCACUUUAAUCAUGAUGAGUUAACUCUCUGUAUACCCGGAUACCAUCCAAACCAUGAGCUCACAGCUUAAUGUAAAAAAAAAAAAGGGUGAAUAAAGCUUUGCCAAAUGUGACAUUCAUCCAAUGGCCAUCAAGAAAUGAUUUUUAGACACACUAUUGUCCUUUUUUGCAUGUUUUUGUUCCUUUUUCACCAAAAUGUACACUUUAUUUAUCAUGUAACAUGAUUUGUUUGAAUGGGACACACUCAGGAGGAGGCUGGUGGGAGGGGUUAUGAUUAUGGGCUCAUUGUAAUGGCUGGAAUGGAAUUAAUACAACAUGGAUUGAUACAUGGUUUCCAUAUGUUUGAUACAAUUCCAUUUACUCCAUUCCAGCUAUUACAUUUACAUUUACAUUUAAGUCAUUUAGCAGACGCUCUUAUCCAGAGCGACGUACAAAUUGGUGAAUUCAACUUCUGACAUCAGUGGAACAGCCACUUUACAAUAGUUUACAAUGUGCCCGUCCUCCUAUUGCUCCUCCCACCAGCCUCCUCUGACGCACACUGUUGAUUAGGUUAAAUAUUGCAUUGUUUCAGUACAAAAGAUAUGUCCGUAACCACCCUGACAUUUGCUAGUUACUACCUACUCACAUUAUGAUCUUCAUCAAAACUUUUCAGAAAGUGAUGCUAAUUUGGAAAUGGACAUCAUUGUAAAUCACAUUCAAAAUACAUGUCCUGCUCUUAAAAUAGUUACAUUGUGCUUUCACUUUAAUCUGUUAAUGUUGAAGGGGGACAGUCUUUGAUAUUUGCAGUAGUCCUGAAUUUAAAAAGUGUUGUAAUAACCAUAAACAUACAUAAAUAACCAUUUGGUUUUAGUGUUCAUUCCCAUGUUGGGGGUUUUAGGACAUUCUUCAUGUGUUCCUUUUCUCAUUACAUGUUAUAUGAAGUCACUCAGAAAUGUACUCCCUUGUUUAUUUUGUCACACUGUAUUAAGAGAGAACAUGUGAUAACAGAAUCACUUCCAGUCCAUUCCUAUACUUGCAAAAGUGCUUGUACCUUGAUACCGCUGCAUGCAAUUAUAGUUCCUUAUAUCUUG